UCCACCUUAAGAGGACGAUGUAGCCAGCUCGCGGCGCUGACCUUAGAAAAACAAGUUUGCGCAAAGUGGAGCGGGGGCCCCGGCCUCUGGGCAGCCCCGGCGGCGCUCCCACCGCCUCCCAGCCGUCGCCGGCGGCGCAGCCGCGGCCCAUGGAGCCCGCCGGCCCGGCCCCCGGCCGCCUCGGGCCGCUGCUCUGCCUGCUGCUCGCCGCGUCCUGCGUCUGGACAGGUGUGUCAGAUGAGACGGAGCUGCAGGUGAUCCAGCCCGAGAAGUCGGUGUCUGUGGCGGCCGGACAGACGGCCACUCUUCACUGCACCCUGACCUCCCUGCUCCCCGCUGGGAAGGUCGAGUGGUUCAGGGGCACAGGGCCAGGCCGGGAGUUAAUCUUCAGUUUCAGAGGAGACCCUCACUCCCCUCGAGUAACAAAUGUUUCAGACGCCACAAGGAGAAACAACAUGGACUUUUCCAUCCGCAUCAGUAACAUCACCCCAGAAGACACGGGAACCUACUACUGUGUGAAGUUCCAGAAAGGGAACCCCGAUGUGGAGUUUAAGUCCGGACCAGGCACCCAGGUCACCGUGAGCGCCAAACCCUCUCCCCCCGUGGUGUCGGGCCCCACGGCCAGGGCCACACCUGAGCAGACUGUGAGCUUCACCUGCGAGUCCCACGGCUUCUCCCCCAGAAACGUCACCCUGAAAUGGUUCAAAAACGGGAAUGAGCUGGCAGCCUCCCAGACCACCGUGGACCCAGAGGGAGACAGCGCUUCCUACAGCAUCUCCAGCACAACCACGCUGCCGCUGACCCCGGGGGACGUUCGCUCCCAGGUCAUCUGCGAGGUGGCCCACGUGACCCUGCAGGGGGGCCCUCCUCUUCGUGGGACUGCCAACUUGUCCGAGACCCUCCGAGUUCCACCCACCUUGGAGGUUGCCCAGCAACCCGUGACAGGGGACCAGGUGAAGGUCAUUUGCCAAGUGAAGAAGUUCUACCCCCAGCGCCUCCAGCUGACCUGGUUGGAGAACGGAAACGUGUCCCGAACAGAAACGGCCUCGACGGCCUCGAACCUCAUAGAGAACAAGGAUGGGACCUUUAACUGGACGAGCUGGCUCCUGGUGAAUUUAUCCGCCCACAGGGAAGAUGUGGUUUUCACCUGCCAGGUGCAGCAUGACGGGCAGCCUGCGGUCACCAAAAACCAUACCCUUGUGGUCUCUGCCCACCAGAAGGACCAGGAAACGCAUACGACCCAGGACAAAAAUGAAAGCCAGACCAUCUUCAUUGUGGUGGGCGUGGUUUGUGCCCUGCUGGUGACUCUCGUGAUCGCAGCCCUCUACCUCCUCCGAAUCCGACAGAAGAAAGCCAAGGGCUCCACUUCUUCUACGAGGUUGCAUGAGCCCGAGAAGAAUACCAGAGAAAUAACCCAGGUACAGUCCUUGAUCCAGGACAACAAUGACAUCACAUACGCAGACUUGAACCUGCCCAAGGGGAAGAAGGCCGCCCCGCGGGCCGCCGAGCCCAACAACCACACAGAGUACGCCAGCAUUCAGACCGGCCCGCCGCCCGCGCCCGAGGACACCCUCACCUACGCCGACCUAGACAUGGUCCACCUCAACCGGGCCCCCAAGCAGCCAGCCCCCAAGCCCGAGCCAUCCUACUCGGAGUAUGCCAGCGUCCAGGUCCAGAGGAAGUGAAUGGGACCGUGGUCGUCUCUAGGGUCUGUCCCCACGAGCCUUCCUGUCCCGUGUGGGACAGCCGUGAUGGGGACAGCCAGCCCAGUUCCCAGAGGGCCGGGAUGGUGCAGGCCCUGGAACUCCAGGAUGAGGCUGGCUCUUGUCUCCCCAACCCACGUGGCUCUUCGACAUUUCCAGGGCAGCCACAGUCCCCCCACAUCACCACACGCGGAGGCCGAUGUUGCCAGACUAGCCGGGGGACCCACCUGGGAACUGGCCAGAACCACCAGGGUCCAAGAACCCUCAUGCCUGUCUCCAUCAACAUGCGGGUCUCGGUCACGGUCUUGGAGACCCUGAUUGCCCCGCUUCGUGCUCUGCAGCCUGAUCUUCCAGGGUGAGGAGGGAGACAACCCCACCUCCUUUUACCACCACCCACCUGGGGCUUGGGGAAGAUUGUCCCUUUCGAUCGAACUGCCCCGUCCGUGGAGAAGCUGGAAAAAAACCCUCCGGGACCCUCAUCCCAAGACUCGGUGAGACUGCUGCCGAGAGUCCUAGCCUCCCCAUCCCGGGAUUGAUGAGGCGCAAGCCCCGGGGGAGGGGAGGAGCCUCCGAGGAACCCCCACACAGCCGCCACCGCCACCACCAAGGACUGAGUAACAAAACCCCCCUCCUCCUGGUGGCCCUCCGAGACUCCUUGAGGACCCGCCGUCCCAACCGUGACGCUCCACACGGCCCCUCCUCUCCUUUCUAGACCCGAGCUUGCUUCCUCCAGCUAGCACUAACUCAGCAACAUCUCGCUGCGGACGCCUGUAAAUUAUCGAGAAAUGUGAAAUGUGCAAUCUUGAACCUGAGGUGUUAGAAAAUUUGAUCUGUGGUGUUUCGUUUUGUUUUGGUUUUUUUCUUAAAACGACAGCAACGUUCUCUUGGCUCUUUGUCAUGUGUCGAAGUACCUGGUCGGGUCUUGUGCGGUCUAAGGUUUACCAGUUGGUCGUCCCGGGGGGACCCUCUUACGGCGGAAACUGGGUUCCCCCACAUCCCAGACCCCGAGGAUGGGGAGGAAGGUUGCAGUGCGGCUGCCCCGUGGAGACGCUUAGCCUUCCCUCCAGGGCAAAAUAGGUCACGUUCUCAGCCGAGCCACGUGGCUGGUACUGCGGUCUUCUGUGCCCCCAUCGUGCUAAGUCCAGACCCGCUCAGUGCUCCUCCUCCUGGCUGCAUCCUUCACAGUGCAAGCUUGUCGAGACCCGAGGCCUCAGUUUUCUCAUCCAGAAAGAGGGGAGAGAAAAGAUGCCCCCCUGCUCCCUGGCAUCUUACCAGCACUGGAAGGCCACGCAGGGGAGGGAAGCUAUGCCUGUCUGUUUUCCCCGCCCCUUAACGACGACCCCAUUCCAGCUCUCUGAGCUGGUCCCUGCAGGAGGAAUCUUCUACUUCUGCUCUCAAACCCUUUGGGGAUCAAACUGGAAUAAAUCCCAAACAGCCAGGAGGACUGGGCAGCUGUGAAGCCAGGACUGACCCUCCUUCUGUCCCUCUGUCUCAGGAGGUUGGGCAGAUGCUGUGACCUGUUGCCUCUGAUCCCCACCCUUCCAGUCGGGGGCCUGGCUGGGCCCAGGGCCAGCAGACGUUGCGAGCCCUGUCGAUUCGGUCUUCACACGUAACCAACCAAGUCUUAGAGCGGAAAGGUUAAUCUUCGUCACCCCCUGGGUCCGGCCAUCCAUUGGAUGCCCCAGGGAUUCCAGGCCAUCAGAACAAGAAGCUGAGCCAUGCUGCCCAUCAGCAGGUCCUACGCAUGGAACCCUGGGAGCUCAGCUCAGACCCCGUUCUUUGGGGACAGAGAUUUGGCAUUUCACACGACGGCAUCCAAGAAUCGGGUGAGCCAACGGGCCAUGUGGACAGUUUUGGCCGAUGAGCCAGGGUUUCUCUGUGGCAUCUGGGAGCACAGUGACCCAGCCACCUGGCUCGGGCCAUUUCCAAGUUCCAAAAGGUUGGCUUGUCAACCUUAGCCUCCCUCUCUCCUGCCCAGAGAAGGCACAUGUGCUUGAGUGUGUCCCAUGUACGUGCACGCGCACCCACGUAGGCACACAGAAUUUUAAGAGAGUGUUUUCUUGGUGCCAUUUUAUUUUAUUUUAUUUUGAAUUUGGGAAGGGGAGGAAGGGAAUGAGGCCAAGGAAGUUGUGCAGCUUUAGCUCCGGCCUGGCAGCCUGGAGAUUCCCAUACCUUGUGUAUCGAACCCCAGGAAAAGGAAGAGGUCGAAACAACACUACGGAAGGAGCGUGGUUUCGGGAGUUUAUUUUAAGACUGCUAGGAAGGAAACAGGCCCCAUUUUGUAUAUAGUUGCAACUUAAACUUUUUGGCUUGCAAAAUAUUUUUGUAAUAAAGAUUUCUGGGUAACAACGA